GAAAUUUCGUCGCGGAUUGAGGGUCGGUCACGCGAAGACGACAAGGACAACAGCUCCCACUCUGCGACAAGGGGAGAAAGCGUGUACCGCCACCAUGCCUCCAAGAUUACACAUCUGGAGCGCAUGCAGGGCUCUGACGGUGCGCACAAGACCAGCCGCGCAACACCGAAUCGAGGCCCUCCGACUGUCCGCGAGAAUACAGACCCGACUCUACGCCGACAACACAACGCCCAAGUCGACCAACGACGCCGAUUCUGCAUUCAAAGCGAACCUCAGCACAGCUGAGGACAAUUCGAGCAAGAGCGAGGCUCAGAAGACAACACAAAACGCGGAGCAGUCACUAGACCAAGGCGCCCCCGCAGAGGGCGGGGAGGCGUUUCAAGACUCACACAUCAGUGCAUUGGACGAUGCGGCACUGGAGCAGAUCCUAUAUGGCGGCCGAACCGUCAUGAGCGAAACGCAGGACGGCUUGACCGCCGCCCAGGAGGAUGCACUGUAUCGCGAAGGCACGAUACCUCCACCUGCCGUGGCCGAGGCAAUGCUGCCACAAGCCCGAGUCUCCGAAUCAUCACAUUUGCCCGAAAAUAGCAGCAACGAACUGGAGAAGCCGGGUCACAAGUUUGGCCUGCCAGUGAAGCCCUACCCGAAAGGCUUCAACCUGAAGAAGCGAUACCAUCCCGUGCUGGAGCAAAUCACGAGGCUUUUGAUGCGGGACGGCAAGCUCAGCGUUGCUCAAAGGAACAUGGCGAUGGUCAUGAACUUCUUGCGAACGGCCCCCGCUCCGAUUUAUAGCCCCCAGUUCCCGCUCCUACCGGGGACACCGCCGGCAUUCCAUCUACCACUGAACCCCAUUCUCUACAUCACAAUCGCCAUUGACUCGGUCGCGCCGCUGAUCAGAGUGCGAAACUUUGCGGGUGCCGGGGGUGGCGGCCGCGCGCUCGAGGUGCCUGUACCUCUCGCUCUGCGGCAGCGGAGGAGAGUGGCGUUUCAGUGGAUCCUAGAUGUCAUCAACAAGAAACCGUCCAAGGGGAGCGGGCGGAAGCAGUUCCCGCACCGCAUCGCUGAAGAGAUCAUCGCCGUGAUCGAGGGACGGUCAAGCGUGUGGGAAAAGAGGAAGCAGGUUCACAAGCUCGGCACGGCUUCUCGAGCGAACGUGUCUAAGAAGGUCACUGUCAAGAAGAGGAAGUGAGCGGGAGGCGCAGCCGCGCGGGGCGGCAUGUGUGUAUAUUACAGGCAAUGGGGAGCGUGCUGCCAGGACCGUGGGCUGGGCGCCAUGGACGUGCCAAUGUAGAAUACCAAUUCUCAGCAAAUGAAGCCAAUACUGGGUAUAGCAUGCGGAACGGCCGCCUUGGCGUUGCAGGCAGAGACGAGUUGCGUGGAGGCCCAUGCCGAGCAGAGCAACCCACCAAGAUGG